UGGCGAUGUGCGGGUUUGACGUUUGUUGUUGCUCUGGCUUACAUGGACCUGUAUCGGGGUUAGUAAAUUCAACAGAAUGUAAUGUUCAACCAUAAGUGACAUUGUUACUUAUUCUACAUUUGUUGCUUAGUACAGUCUAGGAGGGUGUCUGUUUUAGUACGCUAUUACGCUAACCUCACUGCAACCAUACACUUCCCUGUAGCUGCAUUUACGCCGGGACGCUGCGCUUGCCCCAGGACCCAGGCAGUCAAAGGCAGACUGUCGGAUUUUCAAGUCUUCCCAAAGCGGCCAGGUUGUGACAGAGAGGAGUUGGUUGUCACCAGGAUAAACCCUGACCAUUCUACCCAACUGUUGUGCAUGUCCACUGAGGGGGUUAGAGGCAAGCGGAUAUUAUCGUGCUGGGAAAGGUGAGUUAGGUGCACACGCUGAACCUCGCGCGAGUCUGUCCGAUGUGCAAAAUACAUAUUGGUAGAAUGCUUAUCUCAUGGACCAUUCAUAUCUGACAGCGUUCCUUCUCGCCGUUUGUUUUGUAGCAUAAACAGAAACGAGAGUCGCAAGUUGGAGUGCCUGCACGCACAGCCGAUCCGUAAACCACCCCCACCUACCCCUACAACUCCUGUACGGGGUGAACGGUACAUACCCGAGGCCGAUGAAAUGAACUACGAGCUGUGUUGAGUUGUACGUUCCCUUGUGUUGUAUCCAUACCAUAUCUACAAAGGCAAAAGGCAUCAUAUCGCAAUGUGUGCGCUGACGGUUCACUGUGUCUGUCACAACUCUUAUAUGUAAUGAUGUCUGUUUUGUGAUGUGGACGCUCGCUGAAAUAAAACUGUGUACACAACCUUAUGCGCAACCAAAUGUGUCUAUGACUGUGUGUUUCACAACAACAUUGAACCACUUACACCUCUGUAAUCUCGGCUAAAACCCCACCCGUGGUUAAACUGAAUACAUAAAACCGAACCCCUGGUUCUACGCUCACCGGCAUUCGAACAAGUCACACCGUCACGCAGACAUAGGAGUUUUGCAGAGGAUAGCAGCAUAACACGAAUACACCGAGAUGAACCCGACCGGACAGCUAGUGCUCUUGGACGGUGAGCACUGGUCAGCGACUGCUAAUGCAAAACGCCAGGUCUACUUGGACACGUUCGCAGAGUUUGCCAAGACGGUCGAGCCGUUUACUGUAACUUUCAAGGUCAUGAUGUCUGACUUUUGUCUGUAUAGACACUCGCUGAGUGCUACGGGGAACAACGGCUGGUGUUUGGCUAUGCUCCGUUACGUGCACGAACGCCCCAUUGACCAUGCCGAGUACGCCAAGGAUUUGUAUGUCACCGCCAGGACAAUAUCAAGGUUUGUUGACAAGUUACACGAGGCUUCGGGCGAUCCCAGAUGCAAAGGCCACGACAAUGCGGGCUUGUCCGAAGACGAUUACGAAAUGUGGUUCACCCUCGAAAUGGACCACGACUUCACGGUGCGAGUCAAGGUAGAGCCUACUGCUAAGUGUCCCAGCGAGACCGCUCGCAUCUUGAGAGAAGGCGUUGUGGACAUCGACCCAGUCUGGAAUAUCAUGACGGAGGUAACGGGCUACAUCUGUCUAUACGCUCUGAGCGCAGAGCUAAUGGCCUCCGAUGCGGCCGACAAUGCUGAGAAUCACACUGCCUCCCACAGCACGGACACCGCAGACGGACGAGUCAUCGCCGAGGCCGACGACACCAACGUAUUGCGGCUGAACCAAGCUGCCUGUCAGAGUACCGACAGUGAUGACAAGCCAGCCAUCGCUGAGCCCGACGACAUCAACGUAUUGCAGCUGAGGAAUCGCAAAGUCCUCAGAAUGCCGGCUAACGCGAGACGCGGAGCUCUGCAUUAA